CGGUCUCAUUAGCGUGGACACGCGUGUCUGGAUUUUAGCUACCGCGCCCAAACGGCCACACUUGCGCUGCAAUUUAUUUUAUUUUCACGUGUGGCAGGAAACGCGAGCCCCCAAAAACCACCAAACCAAACAAACCGAUCAGGUUAGGCGGUGCCAAACAAGACGACGGCAUCACACUUAAAAUAAAUCGAGCCAAUAAUCAAAACUUUUGGGCCAGGAUACCGCCAUUAGCGUUCCUCCGGCCGGAAGAAGAAGAAGCACGUGUGCGGCGCGGCAAGGGUGAAAUUUUGUGCAAGAAAAAUCGCAACAAAAUCCGGAGCCACCAGAAGUGCAAUCUAUAAUCUAUAGAAGUAUAAAGGAAAUAGAAGAAGAUGGUGCCAAUUGGAGCCGUGCAUGGCGGCCAUCCCGGCGUAGUGCAUCCGCCGCCGCAGCCAAUGCCAACGGCGCCCACCGGCCCCAACUCAUUGCAGCCAAGUUCGGUGGCGGCCGGCGUCAAUACUAGCGCCAACACCAGCGUCUCCUCCAACAAGGGAUCUCUGUCGGUGAAGCCCAACUACACGCUCAAGUUCACGCUCGCCGGCCACACCAAGGCGGUGUCGGCUGUGAAGUUCAGUCCCAACGGCGAAUGGCUCGCCAGUUCAUCCGCCGAUAAACUGAUUAAAAUCUGGGGCGCCUACGAUGGAAAGUUUGAGAAGACCAUUUCGGGCCACAAGCUGGGCAUCAGCGAUGUGGCAUGGAGCUCUGAUUCCCGGCUGCUGGUCAGCGGCAGCGACGACAAAACCCUGAAGGUCUGGGAGCUCAGCACUGGCAAGAGCCUGAAAACCCUAAAGGGUCACAGCAACUACGUCUUCUGCUGUAAUUUCAACCCGCAAUCGAACCUGAUCGUGUCGGGCAGCUUCGACGAGAGCGUUCGCAUCUGGGAUGUACGCACGGGCAAGUGCCUGAAGACCCUGCCCGCCCACUCUGAUCCAGUGUCGGCGGUGCACUUCAACCGCGACGGCUCACUGAUUGUGAGCAGCAGCUACGAUGGAUUGUGCCGCAUCUGGGACACCGCCAGUGGACAGUGCCUGAAGACCCUCAUCGACGACGACAACCCGCCAGUUAGCUUUGUAAAGUUUUCGCCAAAUGGCAAGUACAUUCUGGCGGCCACGCUGGACAACACCCUGAAGCUGUGGGACUACUCCAAGGGCAAGUGCCUGAAGACGUAUACCGGACACAAGAACGAGAAGUACUGCAUUUUCGCCAACUUUUCGGUUACGGGCGGCAAGUGGAUUGUGAGUGGAAGCGAGGACAACAUGGUGUAUAUUUGGAAUCUGCAGAGCAAGGAGGUGGUGCAGAAGCUACAGGGACACACAGACACCGUUCUGUGCACCGCCUGCCAUCCCACUGAGAACAUAAUUGCCUCGGCGGCGCUCGAGAACGACAAGACCAUAAAGUUGUGGAAGUCGGACACAUAGAUGAUCGCUGGUAUCCAGCUGUAUAGAUGAUGAAACGGAACAGGAGGAGAGUAAUAAGCAGCCGUAGCAGCUAAAAACUAAAACUAAAAACACACAUACAUUUCUUGAAUAAUCUAAUUUUAACGAAAAAAGUUCUAAUUUAAUUUAAUCCUUUUUUUUUAUAUAUUCAUAUUUAAUCGUCACACUCUUUAAGUCAAAGUCUUAUCCUUUAAUCACAAUUUAAAAACUCACAUUCUAAGACAAACGUUGGGCAUGCCUUGCCUUAUAUACAUACACACUAUAAAUGGUAAAAAAAAACACACAAAAAAAACUUAAAAACAAAAAAAAAAGUAAAAAGUAAAUAAUGUAUAAAUAAAUAUAUUUAUUAGCCUAAUACAUUGGCCACAAAGUUAAGAAGAAUUCCCCGAAAAACAAGAAAACAAAUAUUUCUUUUGUAACCUUUGCCACAAAACACCCCGCCCUCAAAAUUGAUGAUCUUUUGGUGUCGUGAAAACUAAAUUUAAGAAAACUCACACACAAAAAAAAAUGUUUUUCUGGUUCGCAAGCCGGAGUACAAGAAAGAAUAUAUAUAAAAUACGAAAAAUGUAAAUUUAAAAUAAAUGAUAUGUCCUUAAUAACGCUUAGCUUGCCAGUGGUAAGUGAGCGUUUUGCGAGGGGAGUCACAUAUUUGUAACAAUUUAAAGUGUUUUUAUUUUCUUUAUGGUAAAUAAUUUUUUGUGGAAAAUAUCUUAGAUUUAAAAUUUUAAUGGUCUUCAGUGCUUAUUUUCAAAUCUCCCUCUUAAUCGCAAUUUUAAAAAUACUUUUAUCGAAUGUUAAUCAACACUAGUUAUCGAUAAAUAACGCGCUAAGAACAAAAUUGAGCGCCAACUGGGCACAUUGCUGGGCAGCAGCGGUUAAAAUAUUAAUCAGAAAAAAGUCGACUAAAACGCUGUGACGGUCAAUCGCUUGGGGCUGAAUCUGCAUUCUAAGCCAAGAUGUGCGCGCGUAUCAACGACAACACAAACGCCCAGUCCUCAUAGUGAAUUGGCAAUUGCAUUUUUUGAUUACCAACCGCCACACACUUACACCACACUCACCCACACAUCGCCACUGUCACACGCGUAGUGAAAAAUUGCAAUAAAAAAAAAAAAAAAAGGCGUCUACAAGGAAAUAGCCGUGUGGGAAAAUCGAUAGAUUUUCAGCCGCCGUUUAAAUUGUGUUGGUUCCCAGCAUAUUAAUUCAUUGUGCUUUCAAACGAUCUGUCGGUUUAAGUUGAUAUAUUCUCAUAAUAUAUAUAUAAUUUUUUUUUUUUUUGCUGGUGCAAAGUACGCUCUCCGAAAUUGGCAAGAGCGGUCGGUCAACCGGUGAAGAGAGGUGAAAAAAAAAAGAAAACGAAAAAAAAAGUGUAAAAACGGGGGGGAG